AUGACAGAAUCAUCACACUAUACACGUCCUAACACGAGUCACCCUGGCUCCUCCGCGGACGAUAUUCGCGAUGAGCCAGAUUGGACCAGAACUCACAACCAUCGAAUUGGUUUCCGUGAUCGCAAUGAUCGACAUCCGGGAUUGACCCACCACGGAGACGAGUGGGAGAGCGAAGAGGAGAGUAAGUUUCUGGAGCAGGCAAAGAAAGAAGCCAAAGAGCUUGAGAUGGAGCUAGGCAAACAAGAUCUGGUUGAUGUUCGCGAGUUCAUGGCCAAGCAAGAAGACUACCAUCUGAGGUUUCCUGCGCAACAUCCCUUGGGUUGGCGAUAUGUGCUUCAUACCACGGAGGAUUUCAUCAAAUUCCAACAAAACUGGCCCGCCAACGUGAAAAGACGUCAACAAGAAGAUGAGAAAAGACAAAGUGAGAAACAGGAAGCAACAGAUAACGAGAAACCCCAGACGGAACACGAGUGGCGAAAGAGUCGUGGAGAGAAUAAGACACACCACGAGGCACAUGCCACCAACGAGCAAGAUACCACCGCCGAGAGCGAGUCGGUCAAGAAGCUGAAAGAGAACGAUGGGAAGAAGAAAUCCCCUGUCUUUGCGACGGAAGAAGACGUGACAAUCGACGAGACUGACCAAUUCACCCCGGAUAACUGGAUUCCCCGAUCUCCCCACCUUAUUCGCCAGACAGGGAAGCAUCCUCUGAACGGCGAGCCUGAACUGUCGACACUGUUCGACGCGGGUUUGAUCACACCAAAUCAUUUACAUUACGUCCGGAACCAUGGCCCUGUACCACACAUCCUUUGGGAAACACACACGCUAGAUAUUGAGAACGGAAAGAUGACCCUAUCGAUGGAUGAUCUCGAGACACGCUUCGACAGUAUCAACAUCGCAGUUGCGCUUGCCUGCGACGGCAACCGCAGAAAGGAGCUCAACCUUAUUAGACGCUCCAAGGGCUUUAACUGGGGUCCCGGAGCUAUUGGCUGCGCAUUUUGGAAAGGGCCUAUGUUACGAGAUGUGCUUCUUGCUGCUGGCGUUAAAGAGCCAGAUCCACGACACCAAAAAUCCCGGCGUUGGGUCCAUUUUGAAGGGUCGGAUGAACUAAGUGAGGGCAAAUACGCGACAUCCAUUCCAUUGGCAUAUGCAAUGUGUCCUGAAAACGAUGUCAUUCUGGCCUACGAAAUGAAUAACAACCGACUGCCACCUGAUCACGGCUAUCCAGUGCGCGUGAUGAUCCCAGGCUAUGUCGGCGGUCGUUGUGUUAAAUGGGUCCGAAGGAUCUGGACCUCCGAUGCAGAAAAUGACAGCCAUUACCACAUUUGGGAUAACCGGGUCCUACCCAGCUUCAUCCUUGAUAUGGACUCCGAGUUCUCUCACACCAUGUUCCAUCAUCCGAGCACGGCUUGCAACGAACAGAACUUAAAUUCCGUCAUUGUAAAGCCUGCGCAUGGCGAGAAAAUACCACUGUCGAACUUGAAGAAGGAUCGGUCUUACCGUAUAGAAGGCCUAGCGUACGAUGGUGGCGGUCACGAGAUCCAAAGAGUUGAAGUAAGUCUCGACGGCGGCGAGAACUGGCUAUACUGUGUCCGUAAGUUCCCUGAAUAUCCUCUGCGCCAUGGAAAGAAAUUCUGGACCUGGCUCCAUUGGUAUGUCGACGUUGGAAUGCCGCACUUGGUUCGAGCCAAGAGCAUCACUGUGCGGUGUUUCAAUGUCUUCAAAAACACGCAGCCUGAACGGCCGGCAUGGAAUUUGAUGGGGAUGAUGAACAACUGCUGGUAUAUUGUCCAGCCUGAGAUUCAAUGCGACGAAGAGACUGGUUGCUCUGCGCUUUUCUUCAGACACCCGUGCGAGCCCGGGACAGGAAAAGGCGGUUGGGUGCAGCCCUCGGUCGAGAAUCGCAUGGAAGACCUCAAGCAACAGGUGUCAUCUCCACAGAAACAAUUUACACGUCAGGAGAUUGAGAACCACAACACCGAUGGGGAUUGCUGGAUUGUCAUCAACGACAAGGUGUAUGAUGCGACGAGUGUGCUUAGCUGGCAUCCAGGUGGGAAAGCUGCAAUCAUGUCACAUGCGGGUAGAGUGCAUGUCGAUACAACGGACGAAUUUGAAAGCAUCCACGAUGACUAUGCGCAACAAAAACUGAAUGAAUGCGCCAUUGGCGUUGUCACUGAAAAGGCCAAAGAAUUCAUGAAGAAGCAGGCCGAGGAAUCGGCCAAGGAAAAGGCAAAUUCGUCAAAGGGGCAUCCUGAUACUGUCCUCGACUCUCACCGUUGGAGCUUUGUUCGCUUCAUUGGGAAGAAGGACCUCACGAAAGAUACCCGCGCUUAUACAUUUUCUCUACCAAAAGGAAGAAAGAGCUUGGGCCUCAGUACUUGUCAACACCUCCAGCUUGGGUUUCACUUCUCUGACCGACUUGUCGUCCGCCCAUACACGCCUACUCGGCCAGUUUUGGAGAAGGAAGAAGAUUGUACCUUCGACCUUGUUGUCAAAACCUACUUCCCGGAUAAAUCCCAGCCUGGAGGCACCAUGAGCAACAUCCUCGACUGCCUGCGCCCCGACGAGGAGAUAGAAGUGAAAGGGCCCACUGGCGAGAUCAAAUAUGUCGGCAACGGAAAAUUCCUUAUUGACGACAAGGAAUACCACUUUGAUAAAAUAAGCCUUGUCUUAGGCGGGUCCGGAAUCACACCCGGAUAUCAGCUUAUUGCGCGAAUUUUGUCAGCAAAAGACAAAGGUGAAGGCGAAGACAAAUCGAAACUCAAGGUCAUCGAUGCGAACAAGACUGAAAGUGACAUUCUUCUGCGGAGCGAGCUGGAUCAAUUUGCAAAAGCCCACCCGGAUCAAUUCCAGAUUACGCAUGUUCUGUCGCGGCCCGGGGAUGACUGGAAGGGCGAGAAUGGCCAUGUAACGAAGGAGAUCCUGGAAAAGUAUCUUUUUGGACCUGAAGAAGGAAGUGUGGCGCUGCUCUGUGGUCCGCCUACCAUGAUCAAAAAAGCGGUGCUUCCAGCACUCCAAGAAAUUGGGUUUGAUGAGGAUAAGAAUCUUUUUGGUUUCUAG